AUGCCAGGCGCCAUGACGCCCACGUCCCCGCGUUCCGAGGCUGCCAGCGGCCACGACACGGACACGCCGGGUACAUUCCAGCGCGGCAAGCGCAAGUACUCGCACACGACGGUGGCUCAGCGUCAGUGCUUGCUCGAGUGGCUGGAACUUCCGGGUAACUUCGAGUUGCUCACGAAACCUGUGAGUGCCAAACUCAUCGAGGCCAGUAAUGCGGCAUCAUCAUCACCCCCUGCAAAGCGCGUCAAGAAGAUGGACGGCUACCGUUCGCUGGCUCAAUAUAUGAACCGAGUGGCACUCACCGAUUGGUCUGAGAAGACGGCACGUAGCCGCUAUGAAAGCUUCAUGGCAGCCUACAGGAAGGCCAAGCGACAGAGCCCGCCGGACCAAUUGAAGCCUUUAUACCAGCGCGUGGACGCACUCUUUGGACCCGACGGGGAUAGAGAGGCAGCAAGAUUCAGAUCCGAGAGCAUGGGUCAAAAGUCGGAGGGCAGCAGGUCACCACUCUUGCCAAGGGACAACGAGACGGAAUUCCAGGACCUUUCGGUGGCAGCAUCGGAGGUGGCGAGGGCGGAGCCGGAGCCCACGUCACCGUCGAGAGGAGUGGCGCCGACGACCUAUAACCGUCCGUUUGAGACGGACUAUACAUCGGUCGGCCUCGAUACGAAGAGAGGGGAGGAACCGGCGUCAAGUCCACUGCAGGACUUGACCUCGACGACUUCGACGCCGAUGAAUGACCAGAUGCUGAAGCUGGAAAGCCAACGACUCGCGGUGAGGCAGAAGGAGCUCGAACUCAAGCAAAGUGAACUGCGAGCGAGGCAGGAGGAAAGCAGGCAAAAGUUACGUGCCGAGGUGCUGACCAAACUGGUGGAGGCUGGCAAAUCGCCGGCAGAAGUGCGUGAAUACCUCGCUAUCAUGGACCCAGGCGACAACCAACCUACUCGUCGUUGA